ACGUCGUCGUCAUCGAAGUCGGCCAUAUUCUUUCCGACAUUUUGACAUUUACCACCCGGUUAGCGUUUUCGUAUUGGAAAAACUUCUCAUAAAUCCUUCAACAUGGAUGAAGAAUACGACGCGAUAGUUCUGGGAACGGGUUUGAAGGAGUGCAUUCUAAGUGGAAUGCUUUCCGUGUCCGGAAAAAAGGUACUGCACAUUGAUCGUAAUAAGUACUACGGUGGUGAAUCUGCGUCAAUUACCCCGUUAGAAGAAUUGUUCGCAAAGUUCAACGCACCGGCUCCCGAUGAAACAUACGGUCGAGGUCGCGACUGGAAUGUAGAUUUGAUUCCCAAGCUGUUGAUGGCCAAUGGCCUCCUUGUGAAACUGCUCAUUCACACGGGUGUGACUCGUUAUUUGGAAUUCAAGUCUGUGGAAGGCAGCUAUGUCUACAAAGGCGGAAAGAUUUCCAAGGUCCCCGUCGACCAAAAGGAGGCGCUGGCAUCGGAUCUUAUGGGGAUGUUCGAGAAGAGACGCUUCCGGAAUUUCCUUAUUUAUGUUCAAGAUUUCCAGGAAGAUGACGCCAAGACCUGGAAAGACUUAGACCCCAACACAGCCAACAUGCAGUCGCUGUAUGACAAGUUUGGUCUCGAUAAGAACACCCAAGACUUCACUGGGCAUGCUCUGGCCCUCUACCUCAAUGAUAACUACCUCCAGCAACCAGCUAUUCAAACCAUUCGCCGCAUUAAACUGUACUCUGAUUCACUGGCUAGGUAUGGAAAAUCUCCCUACCUGUACCCUAUGUAUGGUCUUGGAGAGCUCCCUCAGGGCUUUGCUCGUCUCUCUGCUAUUUAUGGAGGUACCUACAUGUUGGACAAACCCAUAGAUGAGAUUGUCCUUGGAGAAGGUGGCAAAGUAGUUGGUGUGCGCUCUGGCAAUGAAAUAGCCAAGUGCAAGCAAGUGUACUGUGACCCCAGCUAUGUUCCUGACCGUGUUCGCAAGAAGGCCCAGGUGAUCCGUUGCAUCUGUUUAUUGGACCAUCCUAUUCCAAACACAAAGGAUGCUCUGUCCACUCAAAUUAUCAUUCCUCAGAAGCAAGUGGGCAGGCAUUCUGAUAUCUACAUAUCGGUUGUGUCAUACACACACCAGGUAGCUGCCAAGGGCUGGUUCAUCGCUAUGGUGUCCACCACCGUUGAAACCAAUGAUCCUGAGAGUGAGAUCAAACCUGGCUUAGAUCUGCUUGGACCCAUCCGACAGAAAUUUGUGUCGGUGUCAGACUACUAUGAGCCCAUUGAUGAUGGAACUCAGAGCCAGAUCUUUAUUUCUGAGUCAUAUGAUGCUACCACACACUUCGAGACUACCUGCUUAGAUGUGAUUAAAAUAUACAAGUAUGGAACUGGUGAAGACUUUGACUUCUCCAAAGUAAAAGUAGAGCUUGGGGAGGAGGAACAGUGAACUGUACUUUAGUAUCAUGUUUAUGUACAUUGCUUGUUAAUUUUAUAUUUGUUUAAGAACUGUUCUGGCAACAAUAACAAUACUCCAGGGAUUUUGGGUUAACAAUAUAAGAGCUUAUUGUAGGUCAAGUAUUAUGUAUGUACAAUGCUCCCAGUCGUUCCAAAACAUUGAUUUUAUGCAUUUUAUUGCCAAAAAUGAAAUAUUAUUUAAAGGAAUUUAUACUUUAUUUAUAGCUGCUUUUUAAGUAUACAAAGCUGUAUGAUCUGCACAAGUGCUAGGUUAUUUGUACCAGAAAGUUAUGCAUUCCAAUUGGAUAAUUGUUUGAUUCUGUAACCAUAUCAUACUUGUAACAAGUCAAAAUUUAUGAAUGCUCAGUAUACCUAUAUGUUGUGUAAGAUCAUAAAUAAAAGUUAUAAUUAUA